UUAGGAGCACAUUGUCCAUUGUUUGUACUGUUGUUUGAAGAUACAGUACGGACAGAGAACGUAUAUUUUAUAAAUAUUUUAUAAAUAUACGUUCUCUGAUUCUUCCGCGUAUCAGCUGUUUGAGUUGCCUGUCAAACGAGAUAAAAACGAAAUGGCUUCUUCAGAAACGGGUGGAGUGAAGCCCAUGUCCAUUGCCGGGCGCAUGGUGCGUGAACGGGAGCGUUUGAUUGGAAUGUCAAAUGACGAACGCGCAUGGCGCAAGCAAUGGUUGAAGGAUUUGGAAUUGCACCAUGGGCCUCGCAUAGUUCCCGAAUUAGAGAAAGAACUACAGAACCCUAUCAAACGUUUCUACAGAUUCCCUCUAGAUAAGCUUGGAGAAGCACUAACUCCAGUGCUGGGUACACAACGCGCAUAUACAAUCCGCUUUUGGACUGGAAAAUUUGCUAUGGCCAUUGCAGCUAUUUACGCAGGUGCCUACUACUUUAAGUAUAAUCAAAACGACUGGACACGCAAGGGAGGUUGGCGUGUAAUCACUUCACGUCCCGUCUGCAAUCCAGGUGAUGAGGGAUAUCCAAAAGUUUCGGACCGUACACAACCAUCCGAUUAUGCAGCUCGUGGGUUCAAACAAGCUACAAUUUAAAAAUAUAUAUGUACAUAUAUAUAUAUAUGUAUAUAGUAAAUUAAAGAAAAUAAAUGAUUAAUAUAGAAAAUCAAAAAAAAAA